AUGCCAACAGAUAAGCCAGAAGAAAGCUCGACUAACCAAGGAAAUAAAAAGCUCAUAUUAACAGAAUACUUAGAGAAGUUGGCUCCUAGCAUUUUAAAACCGGAGGAGGCUGUUUAUGUUGACAACAAAAAACUUCGUGAACUAGAAAGAAAAGAGAAAGACACAAAUAAAGAAUUUGUUAAGAAAAAUAAUAACCAGAUUGAAGAAGUCCGAUUUUAUCCUGAUAGGCCAACACAGAGAUCUAUCAAGGAUAAGUUCAUUGUCAAGGAACCGUCGAAAUACUUCGACCCAUGCCAGGAGUCAUCGAAAAUGGCAAUCAGAUGUAUGGAAAAUCACGACGAGGAUUAUAAAGAGGUUUGUGGCGAGUAUUUUCGGGCUUACAGGGAGUGUAAAAAGGAGUGGAUGGAGCAAAGAAGGAAAGACAACAGAAGUGGAACUAGUAUGUGGUAA